CGCGCUUUUGAUGAAAUUCGCCGAGGAUCUGAACAGGCGGAGAGCUGCUCACCAGCUGCGACAAUCUAUAAGUAGAGGCGGCACAGCAACGCCGAUCGCUUUUGGGACGGAGUUGGACUUCCCUCAAGACGGCUCCGAGAAUCAAAAUGCUGCUCCUCGGCAUGCCAGAUACUUCCUGGCCCGCGACCGCGAUCGUCAAGUAGCGGCUGCUCGUGAAGGUAGCGAGCCACCGGCGCCUCACGAAGACGUAAACUCGCCUACGGGAGCAGUGCCUGCUUCCAACAAGAAUAUGAGCAUGGUCCUGGCAGUUGGAGAUGAAAUCCUUCCCAGUCCGCAGGACAGCACAAGCGGGAACACGCAGAGCCGCCUCCAGCACGGCGCCUCGGCUGUCCUCCAUCGACUGACAGCUAUUGCUACUGUGAGGAUGCAGUUUGUCAUCGGUGCGUCGGCUUUGAUGCAUGCGAGCCUUCUGAGCUACGACCUCUUGAUUCUCCACUACUUGUGCACCCCGUUCAUCGACAAUCCAUGUGUGUACCUGUGCAUCGGACGCUGCCUUUUGGUGCUGCUCCACGCUGUGGCGAAGUCCGGCGCUUUUGAAGCUUUCCUCCGACAAUGGGUCUUUCAUCCGCGUAUUCACGUGAUCUUCGAUUUCCGCCAGGCCUGGAUGAUAUUCCUUGUUUACGCCGAUCGCGUGCGCGACAUCGGCAAGUACCUUGCUGCCGAAGAUCCGGGUCGAAUUGAAACGGAAAAAGUUUUCGUUCGCUUCAGUGACAUGAAUGGCCAGACCGUUGCCGACGGCCAAAGCGACGCGGAUUUGCUAUCCACAGCGGAUGGGAGAAAAGCGGAGUUCUACCGACUUGCAACCAACGUACUAAACGACCUGUCCCUGCGCGCGGAUCUCGAGUCUGCCCUCGAAAAAGUCGACAGCCCGUUUCUGCAUGUGGAUCUCAGCAUGCCGCAGAUCGAAGGCUGGCGCGUCGGCCGGCGGUACCGUGUGAUCUUUCGAAGAGAGGUCAUGGAGCAAUCGUCGAAAACAGGCGGUGGAUUAGUCGGACCAAAAACCAUGGAGAUCCGCGUCUACUCCAGCGGCAGGGCAAUGAUCACUGUGGAC